AUGGAGCACGAGCAGCACCACGCCCCGGAUGCCGGAUACCACGACACCACCGGGCAAUGGGUCGAGCAGAGCAACGCCUAUCCCCACUCGCAGCAUCAGUCUCCCGUCAACGAGUACAAUGGCUUUGCCUUCACCCCGCUGCCAAUGGAGCCCAUGUACUCUCAUGGCAUGCCGCCCCCGCGGACCACUCACCAGCAACUUCAACCUCUGAUCAUGCCUCAGUGGCCGAGCAUGUUGACUGGCCAGUCCAACUAUGCUCAGCCCAUCUAUCCUUCCCCGCCCAUACCUCAGCACGCUGCGGCCCCGACGCCAGUGCCCGCGCCAUCCACCCGCUCCUCCUCCACGCCCCGGAAGACCCUGACCGACAACGACCGGCGGCGCAUGUGUCUCUACCAUGAGGAGAAUCCGACCGUCAAACAGACAGAAAUUGGAGGUGAGCGCGACCAGGGCCGUGUUCAGAAGCCCAUGUUCGGUGUGGAACGAAGUACCGUGUCCAAGGUUCUGCGACAAAAGGAAAAAUACCUCUACCAAGAUGACGGGAGCCGCUCGCCCAUCAAGAGGUCGAAGGGCAAAUUCCCGGACAUUGAACGAGCACUGGCCAACUGGGCCCGAAACCACCAGAAGCAGGGUCUGCCUCUGUCCGACGAGCUUAUCAGGGAGAAGGCGAGAUUCUUUGCCGCUUCAGUGGGCAACUCUGAUAGCCACUUGAAGGCCAACAGCACCAUUUGGCUCGAGAAGUUCAAGCAAAAGAACAACCUUUUGGGCGCAAAGUCGAGAAAGAGCUCCGUAGCCGAGGGUUCCGAAGCCUCCAACCCGCCUUCGAACGCGCACACGCCGAAUUGCAUCUCUCCCACGUCGCCCAACGGAAUCACGUCGCCGUCGCCCAUCACCCUCAGUUCGGUGAAGAGCGAGGAGAAUCUCAAGACGGAAAGCCCCGAGAGCUAUGGCGACCUGUCCAACGGUCACCGCCCACUCCACUCGCAGAGCAACACGUCGCUGUCGAGCGUCUUCACCGACGCCGCAGGGUCGACAUUUUCGGCCGGUCCCACGAGCCCCACCUCGCCCUUCUUCACGCCCGACUCGGCGUGCGGGCCCAGCCCAUUCAUGCCCUCGCAGCAGGUGCGGGUCCCACCGGGCAGCAGCAACAACAACAACAACAACAACAACUCGCAGCGACCGCGCAGCCAGACGUUCCCGAUAGCGCUGGGGAUAGAUCCGUACGGGUCGCCGCCGCCGUCGUCGGAGGCGGAGACGCCGCGCUACCUGAACUCGACGACGCUCGAAUCGCCCAUCUCGGACCCGCCUCUAAGCGGCGGGAUGGAGGACGUGCGUAGCGCGCAGCAGACCAAGUCGAUGCAGCCACCGCCGCUACCUGCACUUGUGCCGGUGAGCAGUGCGCAGCAGCAGCAGCAGCAGCAGCAGCAGAUCAGCCCGAUCAGCCCGAGCAACAGCAGCAGUCCGUUCGCGCCGAGCCACGACGACGCACGGCGCGCCCUCGAGCUGGUCAUGAGCUUCUUUCAGCAGCAGCCGAGCGGAUUCGUCGAGCCCCAAGAAUACGUGACGAUUGGGCGGUUGAUGGAGAAGCUGAAACUACAGCGCGGCAGUAGCGGGGAACAGCUGCCGGGCGGGCUGCACCGGAUCCCAGAACAGGAAUUUGGGCGCAAGUGA